AUGGAACACUAUCAGGUCAUCAUUGCCGGGGCCGGCCCCGUCGGUACCGUCGCAGCCUAUCGGCUCGCCGAACGCGGCAUCAAGGUGCUGCUGCUCGAAAGCGAGGCAGGCGUCAAGGAGGACAUGCGCGCCUCCACCUUCCACGCCAGCACGCUGGAGAUGAUGGACGAGCUGGGCGUUCUCGAUGAUCUGCUGGCCCAGGGGCUCAAGGCGCCGGUGUACCAGUACCUGAACCGCCAGACCGGCAAGGCGCUCACCCUUGACCUGACAGAAGUGGCUGAUGUCCUCAAGCAUCCCUACCGCCUGCAAUGCGAGCAGUUCAAGCUCGCCCGCCUGCUGUAUAAAAAACUGUCUGAUCACCCGAAUGCCACCGUGCUGUAUUCGCACCGCGUGGUGCAUUUUUCGCAGGACGACAAGGUCGUGACCGUGCAUGCCGAAAACCCGUUCGAGAUUGCACACUUCACAGGCGACUACCUGAUCGCUGCCGACGGUGCCAGCUCGCUGGUCCGCAAAUGGCUUGGCGUGAAGUUUGAAGGCUUCACUUACCCGGAAAAAUUCCUGACCCUCUCUACCGAAUGGCCGCUUGAAAAGCACUUCGACAAGCUGCCCUACGUCAGCUAUGUGGCUGACCCCACCGAAUGGUGCGUGCUGCUGCGUGUUCCGACGCUGUGGCGGGUACUGGUGCCGGCCUCGGAAAGCCAGAGCGAUGAGUACCUGCUGUCGGACGAAAAGAAGAACGCCAUCUUCCAGGGCCUGAUCGGGCAUGGCGCGGAAGUACAGACAAAACACCGCACGAUUUACAGGGUUCACCAGCGCGUGGCCACCACAUUCAGGGUGAACCGGGUGCUGCUGGUCGGCGAUGCCGCCCAUCUGAACAACCCGCUGGGUGGCCUGGGCAUGAACUCCGGCAUCCAUGACGUCUGGAAUCUCACGGACAAGCUGCUGCAGAUUUUCCAGCAGGGCGGCAACGCGGAUGCACUUCUGGACCUGUAUGACCGCCAGCGGCGCACCAUCAUGAACGAGUUUGUGCAAACCCAGACCAUCAAGAACAAAAAGGCGCUUGAAACCAGCGCGGAAGACCGGCAAUCCCGGGCCGAGAGCGAGAUGGCCCGCAUCGUGGACGACCUCGAAUCACGACGCAACUACAUGCUGGAGCAAUCCAUGCACAACAGCCUGAAGCGCGCGGCUGCCAUUUCCUGA